AUGAAGCGUAAGACGCGCUCGGACGCCGCGUCCCCGCGCUCCUCUCGGCACGCCGCUGCCCCUGCACCCGCCCAAGCGGCCCCCAGCGGCCGCGACCGCGCUGUCGUGUCCAGAGAGCGCGCGCUGUACUUCGCCACGGGGCAGCGCGCCUCCGCCCCCGCAGCAGCUGCAGCAGAGGAGGAGCAGGAGUCCUGGCCUGGCUACUUCGCCACGGCCAGAGCGCUAGAUGACAACCGACUGGCGGCACAGGCGGCGCGCAAGCAGCGGCAACAGGGAACGCAAGACGAGCAGGAGACGCCCAAGAUUGUGUGGACGCCCAAGCGCCCCGCACGCGCGUCCGUCUUGACGACCGACCACAAGGUGAAGAGGCUCAGGGACCUGGCGCUGCAGACGCUAGCCGAGCACGUGGAGCAGCUGCCCACGCUCGAGUACAUCGACGCGACGGCGCGCCAUCAAGUGGCCCGCGCCGUCGUCAAGCUCCGCAGACUCAAGCCGGAGGUGCUGCCGCUGUUCAUCUUCCCCGGCGUGACGGAGAUCGACAUCCCGGACUGCUCGAACAUCGACGAGGACACACUGAUUCGCGCGCUCAAGGAGUGCACGGCGCAUGGCUUGGAUCUCACGACGCUGAGGCUGGGAUUGUGUGGACGCUGCGUCUCGGACAGCGUCAUUGAUGAGCUGGGAGACUCACUGAAAGCUGUGGAGCAGCUGCAAGUGCAGGGCUGCUAUCGACUCUCGGAUGCAGGGUGCGAGGCACUGGUGAGACGGUGUGCACCGUCGUUGGACUCGUUCGAGAUUUCGUGCAACCAGCGGAUUACCAAGAAGUCGAUCGACUACUUUUGUGAGCUGCAGAACCUGCACUCGUUGACGCUGUCUGAGUGCCCGCAGAUUGACGAUGCCAGCUUGGAGUCGCUCAAGAGCAUGAAGAACCUGCGCAAGCUGCAGCUCAACCAGAUGGAGAGGGUCUCGGAUGACUUCAUCUGCUCGCUGGCCAAAAGUCUGCCGGAGUUGGAGGAGAUCUCUAUUGCCCGCUGCUCGCAGCUGACCAACAAGGCUGUGGUGGGAAUUUUGGAAGCCUGUCGCGGCUUGAAGGUGCUCGAUGUGUCGGACUUGCACCAUAUCACCGAUGAGUGCUUUGAGCCUGUUCGAACUCACGGCCAUGCCCUCAGUCGUGUAUCAAUGCGGUGCUGUCUGGGCUUGACCGACGUGGCGCUCGAGCACAUCGCGUUUGGGGCCAAUUCGUAUCUCGAAACGCUUCAAAUGUCCAGCGUAUCGCAAGCUACGGACGUAACGAUUAUGGCUUUGCAAGAGCAUUGUGCUACCAGCCUCGCAACGCUCGACAUCUCGUUUUGCCGGAAUAUAUCCGAGGACGCGCUGGGCGUUUUGGCUGAUGGCACGGAGAAGCUCCGCUCUCUCGUGCUUUGGGGAUGCACGCAGAUCACAGCCAGGUUUAUUACGUGCCACUCGCAAGACGAACUCGUUGUCACGGGCCACCCUUUGUUGACAGGUCUUUCAAUUCGGUACUAA